AGAGAGGAGCAGAGAGGAGCAGAGAGGAGCUGUAGCAGGGUUAGAGAGAGAGAGAGACUAACACAGAGCAGCAGAGCAGCAGUGUCUGGCCCCUCCCACCUCCCUGCGUUGCCAUGGCGACCUUCCCAGAGUACAUCUCUCAGAAUGAGGAGCGUGACGGCGUGCGGUUCAGCUGGAACGUCUGGCCGUCCAGCCGGCUGGAGGCCACCAGGAUGGUGGUCCCGGUGGCGUCGCUGUUCACACCGCUGAGGGAGCGGCCCGACCUGCCGCCAAUCCAGUAUGAACCUGUCCUCUGCAGCCGUGCCACCUGCCGCGCCGUCCUCAACCCGCUGUGUCAGGUGGACUACCGGGCCAAACUGUGGGCCUGUAACUUCUGCUACCAGAGGAACCAGUUUCCUCCGUCGUACGCUGGAAUCUCUGAGGUGAACCAACCGGCUGAGCUGCUGCCUCAGUUCUCCACCAUCGAGUACGUGGUCCAGCGGGGUCCUCAGAUGCCGCUGGUCUUCCUGUACGUGGUGGACACCUGUAUGGAGGACGAGGACCUGCAAGCCCUGAAGGAGUCUCUGCAGAUGUCCCUGUCUCUGCUGCCCCCCACCGCACUGGUCGGACUCAUCACCUUCGGACGCAUGGUUCAAGUCCACGAGCUGGGCUGUGAGGGGAUCUCCAAGAGCUACGUCUUCAGGGGGACCAAGGACCUGAACGCCAAGCAGCUCCAGGAGAUGCUGGGUCUGACCAAACCGGCGGCGGCGGCGGCGGCGGCGGCGGCGGCGGCGGCGGCGGCGGCGGCGGCUCAGGGACGAGGACCUCAGCCAGCCCAGCAGCCUCUGUCCAACAGGUUCCUGCAGCCGGUGCAGAAGGUGGACAUGAACCUGACGGACCUUCUGGGGGAGCUGCAGCGUGACCCCUGGCCCGUCACUCAGGGGAAGAGGCCGCUGCGCUCGCUGGGCGUCGCCAUGUCCAUCGCCGUGGGCCUGCUGGAGUGCACCUUCCCGAACACGGGCGCUCGGGUCAUGACCUUCAUCGGCGGCCCGGCGACGCAAGGCCCCGGCAUGGUGGUGGGAGACGAGCUGAAGACCCCCAUCAGGUCCUGGCACGACCUCGAGAAGGACAACGCCAAGUUCAUGAAGAAAGCCACCAAGCACUACGAGUCUCUGGCUAACAGAGCGUCUGCUAACGGUCACAUCAUCGACAUCUACGCCUGCAGCCUCGACCAGACCGGACUACUGGAGAUGAAGUGCUGCUGUAACUACACCGGAGGCUACAUGGUGAUGGCCGACUCCUUCAACACGUCUCUUUUCAAACAAACCUUCCAGAGAGUUUUCACCAAAGACGUCCAGGGAUCCUUCAAGAUGGCCUUCGCCGCCACGCUGGAGGUCAAGACGUCCAGAGAGAUCAAAGUAUCUGGAGCCAUCGGACCCUGUGUGUCCCUGAACGCUAAAGGACCCUGUGUCUCCGAGAACGAGAUCGGGACAGGAGGGACGUGUCAGUGGAAGAUCUGUGGUUUGGACCCGAGCACCACGCUGGCUCUCUACUUUGAGGUCGUCAACCAGGUACACACACCUGACCUCUGACAGCUCUGACCUCUUACACACCUGACCUCUGACCUCUGACACACCUGA